UUCAUAACCAAAACAAACCUCUCUCUCAGAAGACUAAAGCGAUCAUCAAUGGCCGCCACUACCAGCACCACCACCACAACCAGACGAGUUCGAUCAUUCAAGCGGUGGUUAAAGUCCAAAGGUAUCAACUUUAACGAUGCCCUCCAAAUUUGCGACUGCCCUCUUCAAGGAAUCUCAGUCAGAACACUCUGCGACCUCACCGUAGGUGACGUGGUCGCCACCAUACCCAAGCUAGCUUGCCUCACUGUACGGACUAGUGGUGCUAGAGACCUCAUUGAAGCUUAUUCUUUGAAUGAUGGUGAUACUCUGGGUCUCGCUGUGGCCAUCAUGUACGAGAGAAGCCUCGGCCACUCAUCCCCUUGGGCUCCUUAUUUUAGUGUCACGCCUUACCAAGAGGAGUCUUUGCCUUUGGUUUGGACUCCAGAAGAAGUUGAUAGGUUGCUCUGUGGUACUCAGAUUCACAAGGCAGUGAAGGAAGAUCGAGCUCUUCUACGCGAGGACUGGGAAGAGAGAAUUCAACCUCUAUUGAAAAUGGAAUCUCUUAAGCUCGAUCCCAACUUCUUUCGCGUUGAAGACUAUUUCGCUGCUAAAACUAUCAUUCAUUCUCGCUCUUUUUUGGUUGAUGAUGACUCCCAAGGUUAUGGAAUGGUCCCUUUAGUUGACCUGUUCAAUCAUAAAACUGCAGCUGAGGAUGUACACCUCGUAGGUUUUUCUUACUCUGAUUCUGAUUCUGAUUCGGAUUCAAAUCCUGAUUCUGAUAGUGAAGCUGAGAGUGAAGUUGAUAGUAACCAAGUGAAUGAUUUUACCUAUGCUUACAAUAAGAAUUCAGAUAAUUCAAAGAUGGAGUUGGAGGAUGAUGAUGAGUUUGGACCUAUGAAGAUGACUAUGGUCAAAGAUGUCAAAGCUGGAUCUGAGGUCUAUAACACUUAUGGCUAUAUAGGUAAUGCUACACUGCUUCACAAGUUUGGAUUUACAGAGCCUAAUAACCCAUAUGACAUAGUGAACAUCGACAUGGAAAUAGUAGUCGAAUGGAGCUCGUCUUUAUGCUCUAGCCGACGCGCUAGAGCAAGAGCAUCUCUGUGGAAAAAUCUCGGGUUCUCUUUCCCUUGGUGUAAGUGUCAACCCCUAGAAGGUUCCAAUUAUUUCGAGAUCUCGUUCGAUGGAGAGCCUCAAAUAGAGCUAAGAACUUUGUUAUACAUAAUUCUGUUACCUAUGCAUACAUAUAACGCCUUGGAGUUUGUAGUGUCAGCUUGUGUGGAUUCAGUUGGGGUGUUAAAGAAAAGAAAGGGCAUGUUUUUGUUGAAAGGAAUGACAGAACCGAGCAACGACACGUACGUGAACAAAAAUGUUAGUGAUGCUCUUUUGUCAAUUGCAGAUAUUAGAGAGAGUCUUUAUGGUUCAAAUUCAUUAGAGGAUGACAUUGAAGCGUUAGAGAAGUGUUGUCGCGUAAGAGAUAAGAAGUUGUACCAUUCUUUAGCGCUUCGAAUUAGUGAGAGAAGGAUUCUUCAGAAGCUCAGAAGCUAUGCUGUUGCUGAGGCUGCUCACUUGAGAACUGGUUUUUGGAAUUUUGAUUUAUUUCUCUUUAGUUUGUUGAGAAUAGUUAAAAAAAUGUGUACUGAAUCAUAUAAUACUGUUCAUUCUCACAGGUAUGGAGCGACCGUCGUUCGAGUAUAGCGUGUUGCAUGGUGACUGCUUAUGGUUAUAGUAUCAAUGUUGAGUUAAACUGGAAGCUUUUGCAAUAUUGUUGAAGGUUCUCUUAAUUAACAUCAACACACUAGAGCCCUUUUGUUUGAAUUUUGUUGCUGAUCUUUUUGACCUCAUACAAGAUCAAGAUGAGUAGAUUCUUGUACAAAUAGCUACGUACAACCAACCAUGUAAACGAAAUCUCUGCUGGACGCAUCGUCUUGCUUCGAGAGUGUUUUCUAUGAUUGAUAAUGUGUGUUUGUUUUUCUUGUUGA